CGAUAAAACUAUGGAAAGUCUCCACUCUUCCUGAGCGAAAAUGUCCACGGUCACAGUGCAGCUGGGUCAGUGCGGUAACCAGGUGGGUCACGAGCUGUUUGACAUCAUCUGCAGCGAUGCUCAGGAGGGACAGAGGAAGGUGUACACGACAGCCAGCUGUGAGCGCUUCUUUCAUCAAACCACAGACGGAGACCUUAUAGCCAGGGCGGUGCUGAUUGACAUGGAGCCAAAAGUGAUCAACCAGAGUAUCAGCAGGGCUGCAAGAUCUGGCAGGUGGAGGUACGGAGAGACUGCACACUUCAGCCAGAAGCAGGGCUCUGGGAACAACUGGGCUAAUGGGUACUGUGUCCACGGGCCUCGUCACAGAAACGUGGUGGAGGAGCUGGUUAGGCGUGAGGUAGAGCGCUGUGACAGACUGGCCGGACUCAUGGCCAUGAUGAGUGUGGCAGGGGGAACAGGCUCCGGGGUCGGUACUUAUGUUACUCAGUGUCUCAGAGACAUCUACCCCAAGUCCUUCAUCCUCAACCACCUCACCUGGCCGUACGGGACUGGGGAGGUGAUUGUCCAGAACUACAACUCUGUGCUAACGCUGGCUCAUCUCUACCAGCUGUCAGAUGCCAUCCUGGUGCACGAGAACGACACGGUGCACAGGGUCUGCAGUCAGCUGCUCAACAUCAAACACAUCUCCUUCGGUGAUGUCAACAGGGUGAUCGCUCACCAGCUGGGCAGCGUCCUGCAGCCUGCGCUCACUGCUGACUCCCAUGGAGUCUACAGCAGGAAUCCUCUGAGUGAACUGGUUAGCGCCCUCGCGUGCCACCCAGAGUACAAGCUGCUCAGUGUGUCCACAAUCCCUCAGAUGCCCAGCUCCUCCAUCGCCUACAGCACGUUCAGCUGGCCAAGCCUGCUCAAACAUCUGCGACAGAUGCUCAUCUCCAACACCAAGAUGGAAGAAGGUAUAGACUGGCAGGUGCGUCCUCCUGCAGGCUCUGAGCGAACCAGGAGUCUCACAGGACCUAGCUUUAACACGUCUCUGGCCAACCUGCUCAUACUGAGAGGAAAAGACGUCUACAGCGCAGAAACAGGUGGCUUUGAGGACCCCGCCCUGUACGCCUCCUGGCUCUCAUCAGAAGAAGCUUUCAGCUUGUGGAAAUCCCCAGUGCCUUUUAAUAAGUAUGAAAAAUGUGCUACGCUGGUUAGCAACAGUCAGGCUCUGCUCAGCCCUCUGGAUAACAUGGUGGGAAAAGCCUGGAAUAUGUUUGCGUCCAGGGCCUACAUUCAUCAGUACGUUAGAUUUGGGAUCUCAGAGGAAGACUUUCUAGACAGCUUUACAUCUCUUGAGCAAGUCAUUUCCAGCUACCGUCAGCUGAGCUAGAAAUGGGACGCAUCACCUUACCUUUGGACUGUAUGUGAAUAAGCAAAUAACACUGU